UGUGAGUCUAUUACAUGCUGUGUGUGGUAAAAUCCGUUCUAGAGACUGGAAAAUCAAAUGCUUGACUAUUAGAUAGGGGCAAAGUUAUAUGUGCAACAAUAACUCUGAGCCUUCAGUGUGUAUGUGAUUAUAUUUUUAAUCAUGUCGUGUGCUUUCUUUCUUCCUGCAAGACCUUUCCUGAUGUGUUGUGCAGAAGGAAAGGUAUUUGUGUAACGAGCAAGCUUGUUCGUAUUGUUCAGUGCCGAGUCCUUUUGCGUUAUUUACUGAACGCUCCUUGGACUCCGCUGUCUGUUUUGAGUUUCUUCAUUUCUUCACUUCAUGGGUUUUUCUCUGAUCCCAGUGCUCUGAAUCACGGUGUUUCACUGGUAUUGAGCUUACUUUUGCAAUAUGAGAUGAGGAUAUUUUUAGUAUCCCUGUCCUCCUAGUAUUAAAAUAUUUGUAAAGUUGAAAGUAUCUUCUUGCUGUAUCAAACUCAAAACCAAAGAUUUAUUUUUCAGUGUUUGUUGUGCUCAAACACUGUAUGUAAACAGAGCUGUGGUUGAGUUCGGUUGUUAUUGUGAGGGAUCAGGAUUUUUGCAGAUAAUCUUUUCUAGAUUGUAGGUUGGGUGUCCGGAAAAGUUAGAAUAGUAACUUAUUUCUAAAAAGUGUGGUUUAAGUGGCUGGCUUAACAGCACACAACCAGUAGUAGCAAAAUAAGGGGUAGGAUUUUUUUUUUUUUUUUUUUAGGGGAGCAUUCAGGUGUGUGUUUUUUUUUUUUUAAGGAAAGAAGCUAUAGUAUCUCUUCAUCUAGUCUCCUGCCUUGCUCACUGUACUUGCUGACACCUGCAACACUGUGCCCUGUAUGUUCUUUAAUAUGUAAUGUGUGAUAAUUCCAAAAAGAAUUUUUGUCACCGGUGACAUUGGUGGCACUAAUGGUUAGCCACACGUGGGGGGAUGUCUCAGCAAUGAGAGGGUUUGGGUAGUGCCAGCAAGUGAAUGAGGUGGAAGAGGCCUGAUUCCAGAGAGAUCAUUCUCUGGGUCAGGCAUCUACCUUGGGCUGGAGAUUUUUAACUGCAUUUAACGGGGCUGUGAUUCCACGACUCCUAGAGAGCCAGUGGAGGCAGUGUUUCUAUUUGUGGCUCCUUUAGCAUAACACAGCUGAAACUGGGAGCUCCUUCUUCAUAAACAGCCACGAGCAUGCUACCUGCAGCGUUUGCUGCUUUGCGCAGCAUCUCCUGGCUCCUGCUGAGUUUCCUGUGGCCCACGUAACUUCCACCUGGGAAGACAGAAUGCCCUGGUAGGGUUGCCAGCUCACGCUCUGCUGAUGGAAUUUUCUGAGGAAGCAUUCCUCUUGACCUGCCCUUUCUGAUCUUUCCUAUGCUUGUUCCUUUCCCGCCUCUGCCUCCUCGUACAAAUAGAGUUGUUUUGCUUGUCUGGUCGCAGUCCCACCCCCCCGUACACUGACAUCCCUGUAUUUCUGAUUCCUUGCUUUUGGUGUGUCCCGUUUAUUCCCAGUCCCAGUUCUCUCUUCUGCCUCCUCUUUCCGUCCCCAUGGCUCUUCCUGUCCGGGGCAGUGGUUGAGUCACCAUCCCUGGAGGUCUCCCAGAAGCAUGUAGAUGUGGAACUUAGGAGCAUGGUUCAGUGGCGGACUUGUCAGUACUAGGUUAAAGGCUGGACUGGAUGGUCUUAGGGGUCUUUUUGAACCUGAGUGAUUCUACAAUUCCUGCUCACUGUAGCCAGACCUUGGUUUGACAACCCCAAUCUUCUGCCAACUGAAAUCUUCGUGCAAGUGUUUCAACAUGUAGGAAAAUGGAGAGAAGUAAUAACAAGCAAAUAAUUUAUGGCAAGAAUUAGGACAAAGAGAAGAUACCUGGCAGAUCUGUAAAUUACAGUCUACCAGUUAUAUUUGAGGCUCUGCUUGGUUGUUCUCCUGGAGCCAUGUGCAAGGCUGUAUAAACAAGGAUCAUAACCAGCCAAGAUGCCCAUCAGGGUUGAUGAUGUGAUGCAGCUGCUGUGCCGUGUUUCCCAGGAGAAGGGAAUGAAAGCUGCUGUGAAACACUCUGGUCGAGGAGCACUGGUGGCAGGUGCAACAGCGUUUCUUGGGGGCUUGAUGGGAGGCCCACCUGGUAUCGCUGUAGGAGGAGCACUUGGUGGAUUGCUUGGUGCCUGGAUGAAUAGUGGACAGUUCAGGCCAGUCCCUCAGAUUUUAUUGGAAUUGCCUCCUGCCGAGCAGCAGAAACUCUAUGAUGAAGCAAUGGCUAUUCUCAAGCGCUUAGACUGGACAGAUGUCGUUCAGCUGACUGCUCUCAUAAUGGGAAAUGCUGGUCUCCAGCAGAAGUUGGCAGGAGUGGUGAUGAAUUACCUCUCCAGAGAGCUAAGAGCAGAGAUACAGUAUGGAGAAUAAACCUCUCCAGAUGAGGUUUUUACAUUGUAAUGAAUUCUACUCUGGCAAUUGUGACUUUUCAAAAUAGUAAUUAUUAGUUAUGAAGUUAGGCAGAUCUAAGUAUCUUUUUUUUGUUGUUUGUUGUUUGUGAAACUAGUCUUUUUUAUUAUCCUGUUUAUGUAAUUAUGACUUGCCAUGUAAUUUUGAAUUAAUGUGCACCGGAAUUGAGUUCAAAAUCACUGAAGGGGGAGUUACACUUCUCAAAUGGUAAUGUAGGUAAAACUAGGUUAAAAAAAAAAAAAGUCACUGUAUUUUAUUCAGGAGAUGUAAAGCAUUUCCACAAACAGGAUUACAUUUCUUCUGUAAUGGCCCAUAGGUGCCAAAGUAGCUAAGGAACACUGAAUAAUUUUAUCUUUUGAGUCCUACAAAGGAGAGUUAUGAGAAAGUACUUCUACUGUGAAUUCAAAAAUUUCAAGCCUUUAUUUUUUGAGAUAUUUUUUCUUGAGUAUUCCUUUCUGGAAGAAGUGAAGCCAAUACCUAAAGAGACAAAGCAACAGGAAACUACUGUACAUAAUUAGUUGUUCCUGGUGUCCUAGAAUGGGAAGGUAUGGCAAGAAGACUAUUAAAAGGGGAGGGGGGGAAAUCUGCCAUUUUUAUACUAUCUCUAGUAUUAGCUUGUCAUUUUAGCAUCGGUUUCCCACCUGAAUCUGAACAUCUGGUCCUCUGUUUUCAUUAAAAUAUUCCUAAGCAUCAUCA